CAGGACAGCACAACUACUAUGCAUUUUUGGAUUGACAAACGUUCACCACAAUGUGGUUUUGGUAGAUCUCGUGUGGCUGCUUCUCUACAUACGGGCGGUUCGGGUUUAAGUUUUGGCCAUCCACCCAGACGUAGUGGAGGACAUAAAUCAUCGUCAUCCUCUACAGCCAAUUCAUCUUUGUCAGCCUCCAGCAAUGCGGGUACACAAGUCCACCGUCAGCACCAACAGCAGCAGCAACAAGCGGCAGCAGCUGCCCAAUACCAUGCACAGGCAGCUACAACAAGCAACAAUGCCCAAUAUCGUUCAACUAACUAUCCCAGUGGCAGCAGCAGCAACACUAUCACCACCAGCAAUAACAACAAUAAUAGCAAUACCGCCGCCAAUCAAGCAACAAAUCGUAAUUUCGUUAGAUCGAAUGUAACAUCGUCUCAUCACUAUUACAAUAAUAAUCGGCAACAGGCGGCCGGAAGUCAUCAUCAGCAGCAUCAUCAUCAACAACAACAGCAACAGCAAACCAACGCCUGUGGUUUACCCAAUUCCAGUAAUAAUAAUCUAACUUCACCAACCGGCAACAAUUUGAAUACUUCCUUAAAUAAUGCCACCAGCACCACAACAAUUACAACGGGAACACAACAACAGCAGCAACAUGCUCAACGUUAUCGUCAUCCACAAUUUGGUAAUAUGUCGGUUAGAACUUAUCAACAGCAACCACAGCAACAACAGCCACCAACUACCGCAACAACUGCGGCUGUAACACACCUACAACAGCACCAGCAGCAUCAGACCCAAAUGCAGUUACAGCCUGCAUCAACUAACAAUAUUUCCACCACCACCACCACCAACAACACUUUAAAUCACAAUUCAAUGGCAACGGCAACAGCUGCAGCAGCAACCACAAAUCAAUUACAACAAUCUUUAGAUGCAUCUUUAAAUACAUUAAACGAACAUGGAAUACAUCAAAGCCCCAAUCAAACUGCCAAUCUAUCCGCUGAACUAUAUCACCAAACUUCACCCCGAAUUGUCACCACAUUCAACAGACCCCUAACGGCAUCUGGCAUCUGUGACUACAACAAUGUCUCCUCAAAUCCCCGUACAACUUAUACUAAUUCUACACUGACUACUACGACCACAACCACCAAUCAAAUGCAUCAUCACCAGCAGCAACACAGUCGACAACGGCGCACUACACGUUCCAUAGAAAGUACUGACUUGCAAUUUCUUCCACUACAUCUAAAAUGUGGUAUAUUUGCUUCCCUAGUCUUGGCCAUUGCCUUUAUUGUGGGCAUUAAAGUGUAUUUCGAUAAUCAUGGCACAAAAUUCGAGGUAGGACUCUUCUGGCUGUUAACAGCCACUUUUGUCUUUGCAUUUUGUUUUGUGUCCAUAUGCAAAGUGCCCCGGGUACUGUUUGCCUCAACCACCUCGUCACGUUCGAAUUCACGAGAUCAGACCAGAGAUCGCUGUAGCAUGGAUGAGGCAGUGGCCCGUGGUUCCAUGGUUAAUUCUAUUGACGAUGUUGUGAUUACUGGAUUGCACGAGUUUCAGCAGGAACAAAUACAGAGUAUUAAUAUAAAUGCCCAAGCCGGACCGCCACCAUAUCACAUAGCUAUAUUGCUGCCAGAGACAAAAACCAAGGAGGAUAUAGUCACAGUGGAAGAGUCACCACCGCCGUCCUAUGACAAGAUAUUGAUAUAA